UCAGACCACAGAGCUGCCUGGAGCAAUCCCGGUAGAAUAAUGGCACCGGCAUGGAUGCUCUUUGCAGUUAUUCUAAUUUUUACAGCCAAUCGCGUUUUGGGAGAACUUAUCUGUUCAAAAUUGGGAGACUCGGUUCAUUUGUCCGCGAAUGAAAAAUGCAGCGACGGCGAGCGAUUCCAAGUUAUUCAUCGGCUGAAAGAUGACAGCACCCGGACUGUGGCGACACUUGUCGACGGUGUUUGGAUGCCACAAGAAGACUACAAAGGCCGAGUUAAACAACAUUCCGCGUCUAGUAUUGUCUUAACCUGCGUAAACUACAACGAUAACGGAUUGUAUGAGUUGACCUGCGGCAGCCGCGAUACUUUAAUCGAGCUGGAGGUUAUCCCCUUUGACGAUGUCUCUGUACCAGAGGGAGACACAGUCACGCUUCCCUGCCAUUCAUUUACUGCAGGGGAACCUGCGAAGCGUGUAAGAUGGGAAAGAAACAGAGAGCUUGUGGCUGAGCUGGACACCUCUUCCGGAGAGGUCCGAUAUGGGACUGAAUUUGAGAGAAGAGUUUCUGUGUCACCAGAUUACAUGAAGGGGAACACUUCGCUGACUUUCGAUCGGGUUAAGUUUGACGACCAAGGUGAUUUCCUCUGUCACGCCCAAGAUAAAGAUGGGAAGAGAAAGCCUGUUGCUGUGAGGAUGAGGGUCAAUAAGAAGAACCCGGAUCAGACCACCUCCAAACCACCGCCUCCGACACCGCGGCCCCGUGAGAUGGGAACUUGGACCGUUGUCGCUAUAACAGCAGCUGUGGUGUGUCUGAUUGUUGCACCUUUAGCAGCGUGGCUGCUAAAUUCGUGGCUGAAAUCUGCGGCAGAUGUAAAGAUGAGACUUUUAAAUGAGAGGGUCCAUGUGGGUUCUGAAGUUAACGGGGGGGCUUCAAGGCCACAUUUAAAUAGGCCUAUUAACCCUGCUGAUGAAGACCCAGGGCUGAACGAAAUGCUUGUUGAGAUUUAAAUUGAUUUAAAUUGAUGCGACUGGUGAAACAUAUGAAUGAUCUUAUUUCACUUCUUUCCUACAUUGAACUGCAGUAUUUAUUAUAAGCACAGUGGCCUUCAAGGUCAUAUAACUGUUCUCAAACUGUGCAUACGACUGUGUUA